AUGUCUACGGUUAAGAGAACCCUCGAGGGUACUGAAGAGGACAGCACUACCAAACGUACGGACUACCAUGGGAAAGGUAUUGCCCAAUUGAAACCGGAGUAUAUUGUGAUGACGUCUGCCAACGACGAUGGUGAUAGUAGAAGAUCACGUCACGACGAUGCGAUGGACGAGGAGCCAUCCAGUGAACGGUUGGAAGGGGUCAGUGGUAAUGGGAAGCCAGGUGGCAAGAAGAACAAGAAGAAGCGGGGCCAGAACAAGAACCGUGACAAUCGUCAAGUGAAGGAGCAUAAUGUGUUAUGUCCACGGUUAAUUCAAGGUGACGUUGGCAAUUGUACGUUUGGAGACAAAUGCCGUUUCAAUCAUGACAUUGAGGCGUAUCUGGCCGGCAAGAAAGUCGAGAUUCAAUCUGACUAUUUCAAAGAAUGUCCCGUUUAUCAAUCGCUUGGCAGAUGCCCUAUGGGCUAUAAAUGUAGGUUUUUAUCGUCGCAUAUGGAUAAAGACUCGAGAAAACUGUUAAGCCAUGAACCAACAUUGGAAGGUGUUCCAUUGUAUGAUAUCAAUAAAGAAUGCAAUCAUAUUACGUACGAUCAAAAAGCCGAUCUAAUCAAACGUAGAUUCCAAUUCGUCAAGAGUGAGGAAGUCCUUGAGAUCAUCGAUGCCAUGCAACAAGAGCAUCGUGAUCUAACCAAUGACAAGUCCGAGCCUGUUGUGGAUACUGCCACAGAGGGCGACAAGGACAAAGCUCCUCAAGUGGUUCAACGGGAACAAGAAUUACAAGCGAAGCGUGAUAAACAAAAGAAAUUAUACUUGGAGUACAAGGAUACUCGUUAUUUUGCCAGUGAGAAACGUCCGUUGGAUUUCCAUCAUAAGAAAAUCCUGUCUCCAUUGACUACAGUUGGUAAUUUACCAUACCGUCGUCUAAUGAAGAAGAUGGGUUGUGAUAUCACAUAUUCCGAAAUGGCAUUAGCUGUACCAUUAAUCCAGGGACAGAACUCCGAAUGGGCAUUAGCUAAAUGCCAUACCAGCGAACGAGCAGGGUUUGGUGUUCAGUUAGCGUGCUCCAAGGCAUGGCAAGCCGCCAAAGCCACCGAGGCUCUUGUUGGCAAUUUAUUAAACAAUCCAAACAAUGCAGACAAUGGGAUCAAUGAAAUCAAUCUGAAUGCGGGAUGUCCAAUCGAUUUGCUAUAUAGACAAGGUGCAGGUAGUGCAUUAUUAGAUAAUCCAGCCCGAUUAAUCCGUGUAUUGAACAGUAUGAACUAUGUCUCGCAAGAAGUUCCGAUAACGGUAAAGAUCCGUGCCGGUACUAAAGAUGGCCACAACACUGCGGAUGCCCUGGUGAAACGACUAGUGUACGAAACGGACACAGCCGCCAUCACGCUGCACGGCCGUUCCAGACAACAACGUUACACGAAGCUUGCCGACUGGGAAUACAUUGCCAAGACGGCACAGUCCUUAAGAGACAACGAGGUCGCGUUCAACGAGAGCGAACAGGGAAAAGAAGCGCGUGAUAGCCGCCAAGCCCGGAUCCAGUUCGUCGGCAAUGGUGACAUCAACAACUACGAGGAUUGGUAUACUCACGUAAACAACGAUUCCAAUAUGGAUUCUGUGAUGGUUGCACGUGGUGCGCUGAUCAAGCCGUGGUUAUUCGAGGAAAUCGACGCGCAACAGCAUUUGGACAAGAGUUCCACUGAGAGGUUGUCGAUGUUACAAGAUUAUGCUCGGUACUCGAUGGAACACUGGGGCACGGACGAGUACGGGAUCGCGCAAUGCCGUCGGUACUUCUGUGAUUUCAUGUCCUUUUUCCACCGUUACGUGCCGAUGGGGAUCUGUGAGAGAUUUCCGGUGAAACUGAAUGAACGACCACCAAAUUGGAUCGGUAGAGACGAGAUGGAGACGUUGUUGGGGAGCACGAAUAGCAAUGAUUGGAUCAAAUUGUCUGAAAUGUUUUUCGGGCCUGCUGAAGACCAUUUCAUCUACACUCCAAAACACAAGAGCAACUCGUAUUGA